AUGGUGCAAGUUUCUGUACUCCUCCUUGUCGAAGCUUGCAUCGCUGCACAAAUCAGCCUCUCGGGUGCUCAAGAAAGGGAGAACUUUGAUAUUGCACAAAGAACGUUCGGAGAGCUGGAAAAGCGUGCACCUAUGGACAGGUCGUCAAUGGUUAGGUUCGGAAAGAGAGCCCCAAUGGACCGCUCCUCAAUGGUGCGAUUCGGUCGCACUCCAAUGGACAGAUCGACAAUGGUUCGAUUCGGGAAACGAGCUCCCAUGGAUCGUAGUUCAAUGGUCCGCUUUGGAAAGAGAGCUCCUAUGGAUAGAUCUAGCAUGGUCAGAUUCGGAAAGCGAGAUUACAUGGAGAAGCCCGAUUUGGCGUUGAUGAUCUGA